CACCCCGCGGCUUAUAUAGUUGGGGAAGGGUCCGGGUUCCCUGUCUAGUGCCUGCGGCCGCACGCCAGCACGCUACCGAGGGCGCGGAGCGGCUCUCUCUCUGUGUCUGUCUGUCUCUCUCUCCGUCUCUCCCCAGGAUUUAUGGACUUUACUUUCUAGAGAGUGGCGCGGCAAGGAUGAGAGCCCAGCUGGUGUGCGUGGUGCUUCUGGCCUUGGCCUCCUGCAGCCUCUGCUCAGAUUCAGAAGAGGAAAUGAAAGCAUUAGAAGCAGAUUUAUUGACCAAUAUGUAUACAUCAAAGAUUAACAGAGCAAAACUUCCUUACUGGAAAAUGACCCUGUUAAAUGUCUGCAAUCUUGUCAACAACAUGAACAACCAAGUGGGGGAAACAGUAGAGGCAGAUGAAGAUCUCAUUUCAGGAAGACAGUUCCCUGCUGGUCUGGAUGGCUUCAGCUUGGAAGCAAUGCUGACAGUAUAUCAACUCCAGAAAGUUUGCCACAGCAGAGCCUUUCAGCAUUGGGAGUUACUUCAACAAGAUGCUUAUGAUCUAGAGAACUCAAGCCAAGAAAAGGAAAUAAUGAAAAGAAAAAAUCCCUAUAUUCUGAAGAGGCAACUACAUGUGAACAAAGCUAGAAGACCAUACAUACUCAAGAGAAGUUCAUAUUACUGAUGCAGCAGAGGAAAACAAUGUGUAUUUAGUUUAUAGGUAACUGUGUGUUAUGGUUAUCUUAUUUAGAUCUAAAAUUAUACUUGUGUGAAAAUAUACUAUGAAAAAUCAUCAAGAUGACAACAUAACUGUGUCUUUUUUUUUGUUGUUGUUGGUUCCAAUGGCUAUUUCUUGAUUGUGAUUUUUUCCUACUUGAAAUUAAUUGGAUCAAUACAUUUGCAAAUAAAUCUAGUUUCUAAGCAUGAUGUAUUGCACACUACUGAAAUUUCAACAUAUUUCCAACAAUACAGUGUUUUUCCUAUUUUUGCACACUGACAUACAUGAAGGAAAUUGAUAUUGUCCAUACACCUGACUGAGAAUCUCAACAAUUUUGUGUUAUGGAAACUUGUUCUUGGAACACCUCAAACAUAUAUAUGCUUUCAAGUUUUUAUAUAAUACAAUAUUCAGAACUGCUGCAAUAUUUUACAGAUUGGCCAAUUUAAAUUAUUAGAGAUUAGGUCUAAGUAAGGAAAUAUGGUCAAAUAUGGUCAAAUAUUAAAUGGCAAUUUCAAAAUUCAUAUUUAAAACAGCCUGCUUGUAAGUGAAUUUAAGUUCUUGAUUCCUGACUUGCCAUAAUUUAAGAAAAUGCAUUAAUGAGACUUUAAAAAAGUAUGCUAAUGAGAACAAAGCCAGGUAUGCUUCAGAAUCUCAUGUAAUGUUGAUUAAAUAAGGAAAAAAGUUUAUUAAAUCAGUAAAAUAAUUUAUGGUGUUUACCUAAUUUAUGAGUGCUUAGGAAAAAAAUAAAAACAAAAAAAUAAAAGAUGAUUCAUGC